GACGCAGAGUUAUCGUCUGCGUAGCAUUACCGCCUUCGCUUGGCCCUGUGUCUCCAGCAGUCUGAGUGUUGUGGAUCUGCAGGAGAAGUACACAGGUCUUCAGGUGCUGGCACACCUCAUUGCCAAGUUUCCCAUCGCCAAGAAGGCUGCACCCCAGGUCUUUCAGUGCCUUGCAAAGGGCACUCACAUCGAGACCAGGAAGAUUGUCAAUCCGGUUCUGGACAUGCUGCUACCGGCCUGGGUCACCGAUCCUGAAGAACUGAAAGCGCUUGCGUUCAGCACCAAGAAGAUCAUGAUGGAAGAUCACGGAAUUCAGUCGUGUGUUCAUAUCUUGAGUCUAAUUGUUCGUCACGGUGAUCUCUACUACCCCAUCCGCCAUCAUAUUCUCAAGCUUAUCAUCGUCAUCAUUACUCGUCUUUCGGCGCAGCAGCUUCCGAUUGACCAACGUCGACUAAUUUUGGACAUGAUCGAUACGGCCUUUCGUUGGCACCAAAAAAGCCGAGCGGAGGCUAACGAGUCGGCGUUGCACGCCACGGACGGUGUUGAACCCGUGGCACAAAAAACGUCUACUUCCACCGAGGCCUCCAACACACAGAUGGAGAAGACAGAUCGCGACCAGCUGACGAACUUGAUGAUCCGUUUUGCCUGCCAAUCUAUUGAUACAACUCAAAAUGGCACAAUCUCCGAGCUCUCGGCCCGGAGGGCUUUAUCUCAAAUCGAAACGACCCUGAGCUCCGAGGUGUGGGGCGGGGAGACAUGCGAACUGCGUCUCAGUUUCCUCGAUCGUUUCCUCUGCCCAGAUGAAUUCACUGCAGUCGGCAGUAGUGCUUCUUCCGGUGGCCAGUCA